GAACAUUCGUUCAAUGGCUGGAGGACAAGAGAAAUGGUAUUUUACAAAAGAGCAACUACAGAAUUCUCCAAGCAGAAGAUGCGGUUUAGAUGCAGAUAAAGAACUUGCCUACCGGCAGCAGGCAGCGAACCUCAUUCAGGAUAUGGGCCAACGGCUCCAAGUUUCACAAUUAUGCAUCAACACGGCUAUUGUGUAUAUGCAUCGCUUCUAUGCGUUCCACUCGUUUACACAGUUCCACAGGAACGCAAUCGCCGCGGCGGCUCUCUUCCUCGCCGCAAAGGUGGAGGAACAACCACGAAAAUUAGAAUAUGUAAUAAAGGUAGCACAUGUCUGCCUUCACCGGGGUGAGGGAGUGAAUGCCCUCACUUCGGAACAGUAUCAAGAACAGGCGCAGGACCUGGUAUUCAACGAGAACGUACUCCUACAGACGUUAGGUUUCGAUGUCGCGAUCGACCAUCCGCACACGCACGUCGUACGCACGUGUCACCUUGUCAAAGCGCCAAAGGACUUAGCGCAGACGUCAUAUUUCAUGGCGUCGAACAGUCUGCAUUUAACGACGAUGUGUUUGCAGUACAGGCCGACGGUUGUUGCCUGUUUUUGCAUACAUUUGGCCUCGAAAUGGAGCAAUUGGUCGAUACCUCAAUCGCACGAAGGCCGGCACUGGUUCUCGUACGUGGACCGCAGCGUGACCACGGAGUUGCUGGAGCGGCUCACGGCGGAGUUCCUGCACAUCUUCGACAAGUGGUCGAGCCAGCGCUGGGGAACGGGCACGCGGGCAAGUGACGCCCCGCCCCGCACUCCCCCCGCCGCCGUAGCGCUACGUGUGUCGCCGUUCCUCCACAACAACUUACGGACCUCACUAGUGUAG